AUUGGCCACACUUAUUUUUCCUUUCUCCUGUACUUAUGAUCAUGGGAUGACGUGUUUGCCAUGGAAUGUUCAGCAUUAAGCCACCACAUGUUUUCCAUGUUAGAGCCUGCCUAACUGAUUCUCAUGUUCAUGUAUAUAUAAAAUAAGAUGAAAUACCCUCAUUUCCUUAUUGAGAUCAGAGCUUAGGAUAAGUGAACCAAUCUCUACAGCUUCUUCCCCGUUGCUGGCUGACCCCAUUUUUGUUCCUUUCAACAUUAUUAUUAGCUUGUUCUUUCCUACAAGAAACCUGUAACUUCUUCGCUUAAUGUCUCUUUGUUUUCUUUCUUAUUCUUCUAUAUAAACCACUGCUUGAUUUCUCUAACUUCAUAGUAUUCUGUGUUCAAAAAUAAGAAAGGAGUGAAAAUGAGGAAGGUUUUCUUAGUUGGUCUUGUAUUGGCUCUGGCUCUUGGAAUCACUGAAAGUUUCGACUUUCAUGAGAAGGAGUUGGAGUCCGACGAAGGCUUGUGGGGUUUGUACGAGAGGUGGAGGAGCCAUCACACAGUUUCCAGAAGUUUGGAUGAGAAAAACAAGCGAUUUAAUGUGUUCAAGAAUAAUGUUAUGCAUAUCCACAACACUAACACGAUGGACAAGCCUUAUAAGUUGAAGUUGAACAAGUUUGCGGAUAUGACAAACCAUGAAUUCAGAAAUACUUACGCUGGCUCCAAGGUUAAGCAUCACAAAAUGUUCCAGGGGGCGCCCCGAGGAAAUGGGAGCUUCAUGUAUGAGAAGGUAGACAGUGUCCCUCCAUCGGUUGAUUGGAGAAAGAAAGGCUCAGUCAACCCUGUAAAGGAUCAAGGCCAAUGCGGUAGUUGUUGGGCAUUUUCAACAAUUGCAGCAGUAGAAGGUAUUAAUCAUAUCAGGACGAAUAAGCUUGUAUCGUUAUCUGAGCAAGAACUGGUAGAUUGUGACACUGUAGAAAAUCAGGGCUGCAACGGAGGGCUAAUGGAUUUGGCAUUUGACUUCAUUACGAAAAAGGGAGGCAUAACAACAGAGGCUAAUUAUCCUUACCAAGCUAUGGAUGGAACUUGUGAUAUUUCAAAGGAGAAUUCUCCAGCAGUGUCGAUCGAUGGGCAUGAGAAUGUUCCUGCUGAUGAGGAUUCACUGCUUAAAGCGGUUGCAAACCAGCCAGUAGCUGUGGCUAUUGAUGCUGGGGGUUCAGAUUUCCAAUUUUAUUCUGAGGGUGUAUUUACCGGAAAGUGCGGCACAGAGUUGGACCAUGGGGUUGCAGUUGUGGGUUAUGGAACAACACUUGAUGGAACAAAGUAUUGGAUAGUCAGAAACUCAUGGGGGCCUGAAUGGGGAGAGCAGGGUUACAUAAGAAUGCAGCGCGGCAUUGCAAACAAGGAGGGACUCUGUGGCAUAGCUAUGGAGGCUGCAUAUCCCAUUAAGAAAUCCUCAAGUAACCCUGGUGGAGAUUCACAUUCUCCAAAAGACGAGCUCUAAUUCAUGUUCACCGUUGUCUUAAGCUCUGCUCUCAAUCUUUAACUACUUAUGUCUUCUGUAUUAAUAGUUACAUGACUCAUGGCAUCAUGAUUCAUCAAGGAAUAAUGUAUUUCUUAAAUUUAAUGUAAUAUAUAUAACAACUUCAUCAAUGAAUAUUGUAUUUUCUCA